UAAGGAAAAGAAAAUUAUAUAAAGAUUCAGUAUCCAUAAUCCUUUGUUAAAUUCCAUCUUGUCUGUUGCUACCCCUUCCUCUAGUUGAAUCACUUUCCCGAUCUUCAGGGAUGUCCAGGCAGUGACAACCCUAACCUGUCCAUGCCGAAAAGGGGUGUCAACUUUAUAAGCAAAGGGGACACAUCUAGGUGAUGUUCUUGAAGAGACUAUUACCUCUGGGUUUUGGGACUUAGCUGGCAUAGGAGCACUCUGAAGGAUUUAAGUUUCUGACGAAUAAACUUAGUGAGUGAAACUUUUAUAGAGUAUGGUGUUCCUAUUAAUAUUAGUCCCUAGUACGCAAUGUGUAGAGUUUUCCCUUGUACCCUUCUGUUGUCAACUCUCUGUGCCAGUGUCGUACCUUAGAGGUCCAUGAUGAAAACCCUUAUCUGUGUUUGUGGUGCUGAUCAGUGGGAAACACGCCUUUAAACAACUGCUUUCAUUCCUGUAAGCUCUGAUACUUACAAUCCCACUAACAAAUGAUCGUCCCUCCUAUCCAUUACCAUACCUUUGAAUUCACCAUCAUUAACAUGUCUGAACACAUUAGACUAUCAUUCCCCCUCACUGGCUACUUUUCUAUUGCUAGUCUCCAAUAUUCUUACAUUAUAAGACAUUGAUUUUACAUUGUUUGAAACUUUUUCUUUCAUUUCUCUUCCCCCUUUUGGUCAGGAAGGCUUUGUGCAUUCCACAAUGCCAGGUCCAGAUUCAUCCCCGGGAGUCAUAUCCUGCGCUGCCAGGGAGAUUUACACCCCUGGGAGUCAGGCCCUACGUGGGGGGAUGGCAGUGAGUUCACCUGCUGAGUGAGCUUAGCGAGAGACAGGUGAGGCUGGCCGUUUGGCCCUGAUGGUGCUGCCUCUCCCCCAGCAGCCCCAGGACCUGGGUGCUGUGCGCCUGGACGCUGCCGGGCUCUGGCCUGCCCAAGGGGUCACCAGUGUGAAGCUGCAGCGAGCACGGAGGGGGCUCCCUUGGGACAGCCCUGCUCCCGGGCCCCACUGACUGUGCACUCUCGGGGACUGGCGCCAGAGCCCGGGCCCGGCUGGUCCAUCAUGCUGCCUUUUUCUUAAAAAUUGUUUGUGAUAGCACAACAUACAUAAUAUAAAAUUUGCCGUUUUAACCAUUCUUAAGAGAACAACUCAGUGGCACUAAUGAAGUUGACAAUGUCGUGCGACCAUCGCCACCAUCUGUGCCAGGACUUUGCCUCACCCUGGGUGGGAGCUCCGCACCCAUGGAGCUCCCUCUUGCCCACCUUCCUCUGGCCCUGCUGGCCUCUGAGCACCUCCCUGCCCCCAUCUCUGCAGAUUUGCUUAUCCCAGACAUUUCAUGUGAGUAGAGUCAUCCAACACAUGCCCCGCGGUGUCCGGGUUCCUUCAUGCAGCCUCGUGUUCUCAAGGUUCACCCAUGUUGCAGCGUGUCUCAGAGCUUCAUUCUUUUUUUAUGGCCAAAUAACAUUCUACUGUAUGUACGGACAUAUUUUAUUUAUCCGCUCACCUGUUGAUGGGUGUGCGGAUUGUUUCACUUUCUGGCUGAAGUGAAUAAUACUGCUGUGAGCAUCGGUGCCUGGGUGCUGGGCCGCUGGCACCAUCUCCUGGUGGUGGGCACGUCUGCCGACGCGUGUGGCUGCUGAGCCCCUGCGUGGCGGCUGUGGGUCGGAUGGGCCACCUGGUGCCUGGGUCACUCUGGGCGUUCUGUGUGCCCAGUGGGGCCUGGGCAGGGAUGAAUGCCCCUCUUUGUUCUUUGUCAUCUGGUGGGAACAUCCAUUAAGAAACACCCUCCGCUUUUGCUUGGCUGCGUGUCGCUGGGGAAAGCCUUUCUCCUAGCAUGUUUCCUCCUGGAGACAAGCCAGACAGCUCACAACGUGGGCGGACUUCUUUCCUUUCUUUUAGGCAGGGGAGUGGUAAUUGUUUCUCUUACUGGCAGUGAAUAAUGAAGUUUAAAAAAUGCAGCUUCUGAGAGCAGGAGACAGGAGAAAACGGAGCUCGUGAGGGAACGGCGGCAGCAUGCUCUUGUCUCAGGCCCCUUAGCCUCAGGCACUGCUGGAUGCUCACCUCCUCGGCGCUGGGGCUGGAGACCGAGGAGCUGGCCCAGAAACUGAGGGCGAGGGACCGUCAGGUCACGUCUCCAACAGAAGGCUCCGGAGAGAACGUGCUGGGUGUUGAUGCCCGGUGCCGGUGCUGGGAGACGGCACUCUGCCUUCGGUCCACACCCCGUUGUGUUCUGUCACUGAACAUGUCCAAUGUGCACGGACGUGGAGGGCCAGCACGAAGCGCCCCCAGGUCCUGUGGUUGGCAGGAACGUGCCCGCUCGCCUCCCAUGCCUCCCCCCUUUGGUUUGGAAAAAAAGAAAGGCCUCGUGUCACUUCACCCAUGUGUGUCUCUAAAAAUGUGGGCGUUUUCUUACAUGUCCAUGGCAUUGCUGUCACACCUGACAAAAGCAGCACAAGUUCCUUACCUUGUCUGAUACCCAGGCCAUAUCGAAGUUUCCCGGUGUCUCCAAAUGUGCCUGUCACGGGUGCUUCGUCCAAACCAGGGCCAGACAAGGCCCUCACGGGGCGUCUGUCUCAUCUCAUGAGCCUGUUUCUUCCUGAAAGCAGCGUCUUCUCCCCUCACCUGCUUUCCUGUUCAGGCCUAGCCCUCUGGGUGUCUGCUGUCCUGGAAUGUGCUGUUUGCAUCCCCUAGUGUCGCUUAGCCUGCUCCGUGUCCCCCUUCCCCACGCUUUAGAGCUGGAAGUAGUGCUGAAAGGUUUGUUUAGAUUCAAGGCUUUAUCGAUUUUUUUUUAAAGUUAAAAGACACUUAGCAUGAAGAGAUGUUUCUCCAAAGCAGAUGUACAAGUGGCCAGUGAACACAUGAAAAGAUGCUCAGCAUCCUCAGCUGUCAGGGAAAUGCAAAUCAAACCACAGUAUCCUGCUUCGCAAAACCCAAUAGGUUGGCUUUAAAAAAAAAAGGGAAAAAAAAAAGUGUUGGUGAGAAUGUGGAAAAAUGGGAAGCUUGUGCAUUGUUGGUAGGAGUGUAAAAUGGAGCAGCUCUUGUGGAAAACUGUUUGGUGGCUCCUCAAACCGUUAAGCAUAGAAUUACCACGUGACUCGGCCGUCCCUCCUUUGGGAGUAAACCCCAGGAGUUGAAAGCAGGGACUUGAACAGAUCCGUCCACCGGUGCUCACGGCAGCAUUGUUCACAGCUGCCGAAAGGUGGAAGCAACCCCAGUGUCCCCUCCAGGUCAGUGGGUAAACAAAAUGUGGUCUCUACACGUGGUGGAAUAUUAUCCAGCCGUAGAAAGGGGUGAAGUCCUGACGCGUGUGACAACGUGGGUGAACCGUGAGGACCUCACGUCGAGUGAAAGAAGCCAGACACAAAAUGGUCUCACUGAUUCAAAGCAAUUAGAGUCGGUGGAUGGCUUCUUCAUCAUUGGCUGGAUGUACCUGCCCCCCCACGACCCCCACGUGGAUGACCCCAUGCGGUUCAAGCCUCUCUUCAGAAUCCACCUGAUGGAGAGGAACGCGGCCACCGUCGAGUGUAUGUAUGGCCACCGGGGCCCCCACCACGGCCACGUCCAGAUCGUGAAGAAAGAUGAGUUCUCCACCAAGUGCAACCAGACGGACCACCACCGGAUGGCUGGCGGGAGGCAGGAGGAAUUCCGGACCUGGCUGCGGGAGGAAUGGGGCCGCACUCUGGAGGACAUUUUCCACGAGCACAUGCAGGAGCUGAUCCUGAUGAAGUUCAUCUACACCAGCCAGUACGACAACUGCCUGACCUACCGCCGCAUCUACCUGCCCCCCAGCCACCCUGACGACCUCAUCCCCCCCGGCCUCUUCAAAGGGACCUACGGCAGCCACGGGCUGGAGAUCGUCAUGCUCAGCUUCCACGGGUCCCUGGCCCGCGGCACGAAGGUCACGGGUGACCCCAACAUCCCAGCCGGGCAGCAGACCGUGGAGGCUGACCUCACGCGCCGUAUCCAGCUGCCUGAGGCCGAGAGCCCCCACAGCUUCGACGCGCUCUCCCGGGUCAUCCUGGAGGUCCGCGAGCAGCUGCGCCAGGAGCAGCAGGAGCAGGAGGGCGAGGGCUGUGGCCAAGAGCCCCCGCCCAGCCCAGCCCAGCCCCAGCCGGAGCCGCCUGCCGAGGGGGCUGGAGGGGAGCUCAGGGGCGGAGAAGGGGAAUCAGCCACUACUCAGCAGCCCCCCGAGUCGGGGCAGCCUUUUGUGCUCCCCGCCGGUGUGAGCUCGAGAAAUGAGGACUACCCCCGCACCUGCCGGAUGUGUUUCUACGGCACGGGCCUCAUCGCGGGCCACGGCUUCACCAGCCCCGAGCGCACCCCAGGGCUCUUCAUCCUGUUUGACGACGACCGCUUCGGGUUCAUCUGGCUCGAGUUCAAGUCCUUCAGUCUGUACAGCCGGGUCAAGGUCACCUUCCAGAACGCGGACGCCCCCUCCCCAGAGGCCUUUGAUGAGAUGCUCAAGAACAUCCAGGCCCUCACGUCCUGACACCCCUGCCCCGCAGGUGGCCCGGGAUCGGACGCAGCAUGCACUUUGGCACAAGGUCUGGUGCCAGGAGGCGCCCCUGCUGGGGGAGCCCGGGCCCAGCCCCCCUCCCGAAAUGCUCUGCAUAGUAGCUCACACUCACUGAGUAUCUGCCCGCGGCUGCCAUGGGAAAAGCUGAGCAUGUCUUACAAAAGUGAGGAAGAAGAGAGAACCAGAACAAACUGAUAGGAGGAAUGACUCCAGGGGCAUGGAAAGAACGGCAUGUGAGAAAGGGGUUGCCUUCUGCCUAUUUGCUGUUUUCUGGGGAAAACAACACCCUCCUUCAGGGAAGUUUACAUGUAACAGACUCUGUUCCAGGUGAGCACGAUGAAGAGAUCACAUGUGAGACAGACUUCUUCACGCAUGCCUUCCUGCGCUGGUGCCCUCUGGGGAAGCAGACGAGAAGGGGCCGUGCGGCCGUGAGGGUCCCCAGCGAGGCGAUGCCCAGGCUGGACAUGAGCAGCAGGUGGGGAGGGUCCCACUCGGGUCAGAGACCCGGGACCUGGGUAGAGUCUUGGGUUCCCGUGUCAGCUCCUGUAUCAGGGAAAGGACGUGACGGAUCCGUUCCUGCCGGCCUCGCUCAGCUUCGCCUCCAUGCAGCAGCCCCCGACAGCGCCUCAGUUUUACUCCGGCGCCCUCCCCACCCCUGCACGCUCUUCCGAUGUCAAGAGCUGCAAGCUGCUGGCUGAUUGUCCCCAAGCACAGGCCAUCAAGGGACAGCAUCCGAAUGCACUGAUUUCAUUUCACUGCUUUAGACAAGCGCUGUUCCCUGAAGUUUCAGGCAUUAGAAAUGAUGCACAAGUUUGAAGCCCCUUUGCAGGUGAGAGGACAACUUUCUGGAAGAGUCACACCCCAUGUGGGGAGGUGCGCUUUGGAAACUGCCGGUGGAGGGACUCAUGGAGACCCCACCGGUGCUGCGUUCCACAUUGUGGGGAAAGCCUGCAAUCAGGGACCCCCCUGAGGUCUCUGCAGAUGGUGGGGUUCCCGUAAGAGCAGACGUCACACGUGCUGCACCUGCGCUCUCCUGAGGACGCCCCUCAGCCCUCGGCCCAGCCCUCAGUGGCCCAGGCACUGGGCCAGGCCGGGAGAGCCCCUCCCCCUGCUGUGUCGCCCCUGGCUGGUUGUGGACCCCCUCGGGGGGGGGUUCAGGAUCAUCCCACCAGCCACGGGUCCCCGGAAGGCGGCGCUUUUGUGUGCCUUUGUGUAGAGACUGGCCUGGGGACAUCUUCCUGAUUAAUUGGUCCCUGACUGGCCAUUUGACAGAAAUUCCCACGCCCUGGCAUUAGUACUGUUGGCAACUUUUAACUUCCUUUGCUUCCCAGAAUCAUAAAAUUGACCAUCUUUGUGGCACAGCCCCAGACGGCAGCCCGGCGGCCCUGGUUCUGCUGUGCGGCAGGGGGAGGCCGAUCAAGAACACGGCUCCCGAGGCAGUGGCCCUCCUGCCCAGCACCAUCCCCAGCCCCUGUUGUGCGAGUGGCCCGAGGCUCACCCCAGCCGGCCUCUUCUAGAGAAACCCACAGGGAGCGGAGGGCCUGUGUUACCCGAUUUCUAGUGUCUUCUGCAGGAUGGAGUCUAAACACUCUGCCACCCCCUCCCCUUUUGUGCAGCUGUGACUGGUUUGCUCUGUUACCAAAUGUGGUGGUCCCCAAUGAUGAUAACUAUGGUUAUGAAUCCGGGAGAAAGAUGGAAACCCAGGGCGCCUGGGAGCGUUGGCUGCCGCUCUUUGUUUUGCCCCCACUUGAAUAGAAUCAAGACCUGCGUUUUCACCCAGGGCCUGAUGCUCCGUCUUUCUGGCUCAGGUCCCACUGGAGGGCUCCCUCAGCAUUUACAGAGCACGGAGAUUGAGGACGAGCACUUCUGAUUAAAAUCCUCAACGCUAAAUCACGGUCUCCCUAAUGUCUGGGAUACGGAUGAUUCUCCUCAGCGGGACCCGGCUCAGCCCCGUUGGUUCCUGCCAGUGGCGUCAGGCGUGGCCGAGGCCGGGUGGCCCGUCCAGUGGUGGACAGUCUGUGCGAGGCCUGGCAGGGCCAGCGGCAAAGCAACCUGGGGCAGGCGAGGGCUCGGUGUGCCCGAGGCUGGUGCCCCCACCACCAGGAUGCCCGGCCGUUGGGAGCCCCUCUUUGGUUUGGUCCGCUCGGAUGUGUCCUGGUCAGUGGGUGGUUCGGCGAGCACGGACAGUUGAUCUCCCCCAGACCACAGGCUGGUGGCCUGCUCACUGCAGGGGGCCGCAGCCGGGUGAGGGGUCGCUGAUCCACUGAUUCACCACAGGGCAGGGUCUGAACCAGUCAGGAGUGGAGGCCUGAGGCAACCAGGGUUUGAUAUAAGGUUCCAAAGUGGACUUGGACUGGUGCCAGUUAGGGAAGGGGCAGGUAGACCUGGAGGGUCUGUGGCUUAUAUCCUGUCCCUUGUACCCCACCUGUGUUUUGCUACUUCGAGGGGAUUGAGAACGGUGUAGUUUGGAGCGGAGUGGCAUAAGCUACAUCUGUCUCCUCUGUGAGUGGGGUCUGUUUCUGUGCUCACUGGGAAGUGAUGUGAUGGAUGAUUUUAAGCCCAUCGUUGGCGAGUCCUCUGUACGGGACUGCAUGUGUUUUUUGCCCGAAGAUGUUGCAGGUGGCCUCAUUUUGUAGGCUUUGCGAUAGGCCCACCUGGGCCCAGACUCCAGCAUCAACUGACGAGUUGGUGGGUUCGAGGCCUCCUGGUGGGAGAGGUUUGGACCCCUUUCUCCCUGAAUGUGGCUGCCCUUCCUGACUGAUCCCUGACUCUCCCCACCCUGGGCUGCUUGGGUCUCGGAGGUGCCCAGGCCUCCUGCCCAGCCCCGCCCCCUCCCGCACCCCACCCUGUCCCCACGCCAGGCAAGGACCUGUGGUGUCGAGGUGCUGCUGAUGCCCACAUUCCUUACCUCGUGCCGGUCCCAGAGGAAAUCGGGAAAACAAAUUCAGAGACAGAGUUUGCACUUUAGAUGUUUUCUUUCUUGGGAACGUGGAGCUGUCUGUGACCACAACCCGGAGAGCACAGCCCCUCCCGGGAGCCGACUGCCUCUCUCUGUCCCUCGCCCCGGCUCUCCAGGUGCUUGUUUUCAGUGUGUGGGUCACCCAGGCUGCCCGGCACCCAUCCUCAGGCUGUCCUUGCUGCCCACGAGGGAUGGACAGGGAGCAAGACUCGGGUCUGCCCCUCCUGUGGCUUCCUGACCUCGGCCACGCGGGACCGCAGUCGGGCCAUGGCGCGUGAUGCAGUGCUUUGAGGACAGCAGCCGUGUCCUUCCAGAACCCUGUUUUUGUCCUGCUGCCUUUGUGUUCAUACUUUGAAGAAUGUUCUCAGAUCUCGCUGGCAGGCUUGCAGAUAAAACCCCCAGCUCGUUAUCGGCUCCUCUGUUGACACAGACCAGUCUCUCAGCCUUCGCUUUGUUGGAGAGAUCAGAAAUGUAACGUGACUGCAUGUUCUCGGCAUUAUUUGUAGAGCAAGAGAACGUGAGAGAUGAUAUCAUUUUGAAUGGUCCUGUGAGUAGGAAUGAAUGAGGUCGUGCCAAAUUCCCGAGCAUCCCUGCAGGGCCGGCCUUCGGGGGCGUGGGUGCAGACGGGACCCGAGGCUGCUGGUUUUCCGCUGGUCACUCACGGUCCCAGGGCGACAUGGAGAGGAAAGCCCUCCUGCGGUUCGGUCUCGGAACAUCCCGAGCCCUUAAUCUGGGAAGACACCUGAGAUGGGGGAGCGAGGCCGCGCCUGGGGAGCGUGGAGCAGAGGGGCGGGACACACAGGCCAGGCAGGGGCUGGGGAAGGUCGCCUGCACCCCCUGGGAACGCAGCGGUGCCCCUUCUCCUUCUGGUUUUCAAUAAACAGGUUUUUGGA